UGCACUUGGUUGUGCCGGGUCGAAGAUCUCUUGGGUUGUUAUUUGCUGGUUAUCUGCUGUCAUCACAUUAUCACGACAAUUAGCGAUAUCUCUACAUGGCGACACGUAACAUAGACAUAAUUCUAAGCCAGUUGGGAUGGCAGGAUGGCUUCCGAAUUCCUAUAGCUAACGAGGAAAACAAACAUCUGGAGGAAGAAAUUGCUAGAAAGACGAAGUACAAGAUCUCGUUAAAUGCAAAGUUGGAGAGCCUUGAAGAACGGUUGAAAAUGAUUCAAAACCACGCGAAUGACUUAGCCGUACGACGUGACUUCAAUCAGAAGCUGCUCACUGAGCAUUCAGUUCAGCUGGAAACAGAGGAUCAUCUGUAUCAUUUGAGCAGUAACACUGAGUCAUUGUUACGCCAAGAGACGCGCGAAUUCGAGAAGGAAUGGACAGAUAUAAAUCGUAGAGUAUCAAGUGUGGAGAAAGAUUUGAUUAAAAUGAUGAAAAAACUAGCUGAGGCGAAAGAAAUGGUUCAAUUUGACGAGAACAGCUUACACAAGUGGGAAGAGAUGCUUGCGCGGAAGGACGAGGAUAAUCAAUUGAUAGAGGAUUACAUGAAGCAAGAUACGCAAAAAUACAAAGAAUUGGAACAAAAACGGCAGAAACUCAGCAUGGAACUCGAAACUUAUCGUCAAACUAUUAUCAAAACUAUCGGUGAAGUACGAGAGAUGGAGAUUGUUCUGGAUCGUACAGCGAAACUGUACAUGGAAGUGUUAAAAGAACGCAGACAGAUGAUAAACCAAUGGACGCAAAGUGUCAACAUUCUGCGUCAGAGAGACAACGAUAUACAAAAUAGUUUAAGAGAAACUGAAACGUUACGAGAGAUCAGUAAGGAGAAAAAAAGUAAUCUCGAAGAAGUAGAGCAAUUUUUAAAGGAUCAAAUUGUAAAUAACAAAGAACUAGAGCAGUCGAUUAAACAUUCGGAGAAGAAACUUGCUGUAGUUCAAGAAAAACAGCGCAAAACCGAGAAAACGAUUGACAUCUAUGCUACUGAGCUUCACACCCAGAAGAAGUUAGUGGCAGAUUUGGCACGUCGCGUACAACAAAUUCGAGCUAAUACAAAAUGUAAAAAAAGCGAAAUCGAAAACAAACAUAUAAAGGUGGACGAUUGCAAGAAGCAAAUCAAUAAUUUAAUGUCAACUUUGGAAGAGGUUGAGAAUCAAAAGCUAAACGUGGAAGAAAAAACAAAGCAUUUGGAGAAAAUGAUCGAACACAACGAGAAGCGAAAAUCCAUGAUUAUCAAGGAAUUAAGUCGAUUGCAAGCUAUGAUUUUACGUACAUCGAAGAGGAUUGUAGAAUUAGAGAACGAAAAAAAGAUUUUACAUAUGGAAAUGCAGAGCGAGUAUAAAAAAGUCGAUCUGCUCAACACCCUGCUUGUAAAGGAGAACAAACUUGUAGAGGAGAAAAAGGAAGCUCUUUAUCAAGUGAACUUCAGUCUGCAAAAGUGCGAAAUGAAGCUUGAACAGAUUAAAGGGCACGAGCGUGCUAAGAAUGAAGUCGAAAAGAAACAAACGAGAAUCGAGGAGCUACAAACUGUAUUGAAAGAGAAAACAGCUACAUCUAAAUUAUUGCAAAAUCAAAUUGUCAGUUUGGAACACGAUAUGAAAAAAGUUUCUAGUUGCUUAUCGAACAAAAAUGACGAACUUGAACGGUUACGGAGCAAAAAGCAGGAUUUAUUGUUGCUGUUAGAUGGUGGCGAGAAACUACUGAAAAUCGCACAGUCCCGGAAUGAAGAAAAACAAGUAGAAGAAAACAUAAUACGUCUUCAAGUGUUGCAGCUUGAGCGAAUGACAUCGAACGUGAGCGACAAAGUCUACGACUUAGAAAAGUAUCGUCUUCAUCUUGAAGCUACACUUAAAGAGCGUGCAGCAGAGAUCGCAGCGCAAAAAGAAGCACUCGCCGUGCAAAAGAGGGUCGCCGGUAACGAGUGUUCAGAGCUACGCACUGCUAUUACUGAGAGAAAAAGCAGAGUACGGCAGUUGCAGGUGCGAUAUGACAACAGCGUCGCGACAAUAGGUACUACGCUAGAUGGGGCGCCAAUGAGCACCGCAUACUUAAAGAUACAGAGCGCUCAAGAGCGAUACAUGCUACGAGAACAAGGCGAUAAACUGGACGAAACAAUCAGACGAAUCGAGCAGGAAAUACGUAGCAUGGAAAACACAUUGCGUGUAGUAAAUGUAUGUAACGACAAGUAUAGGGACAGCAUGAGUACGGUUGAUCAAGACGGACCUGAAUGGACGGAACAAAACAGGCUUGACGAGCAGAUGCAUAAUACACGCCAAAAGCUAUUGCAGAAACAAACGCAAUUGCAACAAUUGUUUGCUGAAUUACAGAAAGCGCAGAAUGAUUAUACACAGUUGCUUGAUGAUAUCGAAAAAACCAAAGAAGAAAAAGAAAAUAAAGAACGUUACUUAUCAGGUAUUGAGAAACAAACUGCAGAGCAAGAAGAAAAGAUAUCUAGAGCCGACAAGAGUCUUCGUAAAGCACAAAAAGAUAUACGGAAUUUGUAUAUCUCUAAAAGAGACGAUAAUGUGCUUCUGCAACAGAGAGAAGUGGAAUUACGAGAACUUCAAGAACAAAACGCCCUGGUUCUUCAAGAUAUUGCGGAAUUCACAAUUCGUCACUUGGAAGCUGAAGCGUAUGUUAAGAAAUUGCUGAUAGCCAAAAAUAUCGAGUUACCAUAUUUUCCUCCAUCGAUUAAAUCGCCUCUCAGUCCUUGCGGUAGUUCCGCAGAUACAGUAGAUCAUUUGAAGAGUACAAGUCGCAUAAGUGCUUUUACGUCAUCAAGGGAGAGUAUCGGUAGCAUAGUUAAGAUAGAGCCGCAAUUUGAGAAACCGAGUAACGUAUCGAGGAAAACUGUGAAGCACGAUCCUUCAUCUGAUGAAUCGCUCGCUUUGUCAAAGCGAUCCACUAUUGCACACAAAAAGCAACAUUCACGGGAAAAAUUGUAAUAAUUUUGAUAACAUAAUUCGAACUGGCACACA